GGUGCACCAGUUUUACCAUGAUUCAAGUCUUCUUGGUCGACCAGAUUCCAAUGGAACUAUGGUGUAUGUAACAACUAAGAGUGGCAUUAAAGAAAAAAUUAUGUCUAUGGACUUCAGGAACUGCUUAACAGAGGUAGAGAGUGUAGAUGCACAGUUAUCUCACAAGGAUGGGGUGCUCAUUGUUGUUAUUGGAUCCUUGACUUCAGAUGAAGGCGUUUUCCGUAGGUUUACCCAGUCGUUCUUCCUAGCACCACAAAAAAGUGGUGGCUAUUUUGUUCUCACUGAUAUAUUUAGGUUUAUUUUGGAAAGCAAACCAGCUGCUGAGAUAAAUCAAGUUGCUAGUCAAGAAAAUGCAAUCAGUCAGAAUGGUAGACCUGCAUCUGAAACAAGCUCAGCAUUACCAGAACCUAUUCCAGCUGACAGGAGUGUGAUCUCAGACCAUGCGACAGCUGAGAGUAAUGUCACUGAGAGGCAAGUUAGCGAUCCCACUGCUAAUGGGAGUGCCAUUGAAAAUGCAGUAGAUACAUGUGUGAAUUUUUAAUCCCUAUUGACUGAAAAUGAAAUAAGACUUUGA